AUGGCGAAAAUGGCAUUCCAACACCAAGCUGGAACAGCUAUGGAGUGUCUCAGCAUACCAAUAACUCUCCAAAAAGAGGCUGGUGUAGACUCCGAAGGCAGAGAAGUAAUGAAAUGUGGUUUUAAAAUUGGCGGUGGAAUCGACCAAGAUUAUCGCAAAAGCCCUCAAGGAUAUACUGACAAUGGUAUAUAUGUAACUGAAGUUCAUGAAGGAAGUCCUGCUGCUAAGUCUGGGUUGAGAAUGCAUGACAAAAUAUUACAGUGUAAUGGCUAUGACUUCACAAUGGUGACUCAUAAAAAAGCAGUCAGUUAUAUAAAAAAACACCCUAUUCUAAACUUAUUAGUGGCUAGGAAAGGUGUAACUUCGACAUAA